CCGGAAUCGCGAUGCCCCCGUGCGUACCGCGACUUUCCCACUACGUGACGCGCGUUUUCUGCUUAAAAAAAAAUUCAAAAUUAAUUUUACUAAUUGACGUUUCGUUGUGCGGUAACUUUAAACGACGCUAAUGGAUUUUUAAUCUUCAAGAUGAUAUAAACAAGAAAAACCUGAAAAUCUAACUGAAUACCCGUAAUGCAGAUCUGCCAGGAAUAUGGUUACAACUCAGCGAAUCUUUGUUACUCUCGCAAUACUUUCGUUACACGUAGAUUGUCAAAUAUCGAGGCCAUUAUCGUUUCCAGAUGUGAUACGAUUUAAUGCGGGUAACAUCGGCAAUUUCCGGAUAAAAUACCCCGAUCGGAGUCACGCGAGGGUCCAGAAGGUCAUCCCAAAGUCGGUACCGUUCCCAUGCAAAAACGCCACUCGGUGGGGCAUCGGGAGAUCCCCGGAACGGCCCACUAGCGUCCACGAACUGCGUCCCGGUGACAUUGACGUCAUCGGGGCACUGGGAGACAGCCUGGUAGCGGGAAACGGGGCCUUAGAAGAGUUCGCCAUGGGCACCAUGAUCGAGAACAGGGGAGUCUCUUGGUGCAUAGGUGGAGAAGGGUCGUGGCGUGAAUUCUUGACCCUGCCCAACAUCCUGAAGGAGUUCAACCCCCGCCUCCGCGGGUUCUCGACGGGUACCGGGGAGUUUUUGUCGUCGCACGCGAAGUUGAACGUCGCGUUUCCCGUUGCCGCCGACGCGGACGCCUUAAGGCAAGCCAAAGUCCUGGUAAAAAAAAUAAAAUCGGACAAGAGCAUUAACCUAAAAGAGGACUGGAAGAUGAUCACGUUCUUCUUCGGUGCCAACGACAUCUGCUCGGCUCAAUGUUACGAUAGAGAAAGAGCAUCUGCUCGGAACCACGCCCUAAAGCUGAUGAGAGCUCUCGAUUAUUUGUACGACAAAUUGCCCAGGACCUUCGUCAAUUUAGUGCCCGUGUUGGAUGUUUCUGUAAGCGUACGAAUCGAACGCACCGUCAUGUGCAGACUGUUCCAUCGAUUGUUUUGCGGCUGUUUCUACGACGGGGGCAACGAGAUGGACACGAUCACGGAACUGACCAGGGAGUACCAAGCAGCCGAGGAGGCACUGAUUUUUAGCGGAAGGUACGACCAGAGGGAGGACUUCACCGUCGUGAUCCAGCCGUUCAUCAAACUGUUCAACGCGCCGCGGGAUCCUGUCGAGCAGUUCGCGGAGGUCAUCGACAUCUCGUACAUCACUCACGACUGUUUCCAUUUCUCUCAGAAGGGCCACGCCCUGGGUGCCAACAUGCUCUGGAACAAUCUGCUUCAGCCGGUGGGAGCGAAAAGUGAACGAAAGUUGAAAUUUAUUCUGGAAAAGUUCGAGUGUCCGACAACGCGGACGCCGUUCCUGUUCACGAACAGAAAUUCGAGGAAAUAUUUUGAAAGUGGGCGACAGUAGGUCGGUCGCGGCAACAUUGCAUGUAUCGCUACCUCCGUUAUACUACUCGUAUUAAAAUUCUAUUUAAAUAUAA